UCGCGCGGAGAGGUCCUGCUUGGGCGCGGGGCCACGGCCUGCCGGGGAGGCGCGGCUGACCAGCGGACGCGCGCCCGCAGCGCGUUUCGCGCACCUCCGCUGCGAGCCUCAUCGCGCGCUCCGCGCGCACCGCAAGUGCACCCCAGCCUCACCUCACCGCGCGCUCUGCGCGCACCGCAAGGCGCCCCCGAGGGCUCGAAGUGAUUCGCGCUCUGCGGUUCGGCCCCGAUUCCUCCUCGUCCUCCUCUUUUCCCCCGUGGGGGCGGCGCGGGAGCGCGAGGCUACUCGCUCUUCGUGCAGCGCGAAGCGCGAAUACCCUUGGUGCUCGCAGCGCGCCGUGCACCCCAGCCCCAUCGCGCUCCGCGCGCACCACUGCCCGUCUGGGGCAGAGCGCGCGUGGCAGCGGCAAGUUCGUGGCGUCUCCGCGCGGGGACUGCGCCGUCGUGGGCCUUCGAGGUGGACGUCACCGGGCGGCAUUUGAGGACCCCUGACCGGGGAUUUUGCAGAUCGAUCGCUUUGCACGGUGACGCAAGCAGAAGCCCUCGCAGUCGUGGCAGGAUCUUGAUUGUUCUUUCUGUCUUUUCCUGCUGUCUUCCCAUUAUUUGCGUCAGAUCACGUCGCGCCGUGUUAGGUCAGGUCAGUGUGGAUCGUGUCAGGUUGCAUCGCAGGUUUGGUCAGGGGCGAGUUUGAGUUGAGGCUCAGGCUCAGGCUCAGGCUCAGUCUCAGUCGUAGGCACUCGGUCAGACAUUUCUGUGACAGCCGUCCUGGCUUCGAGCUGGUCGGCCCAGGCAUCGAUUUGCGCAGGCUUGCGAAGCCCGCCUCCAGCUGCCGACGGGCAGCGAUGCCGGUGAAGCCCCUGGAUGUGAGCGCUGGCUCGCCGGUGCAGUACUACAGCACCUCCCACGGAGGCUGGAUCGACUGCGUGGUGGACGAGACGAACCCCAAGGGCGAGGUCCAGAUCUCCGUGAAGAAGGGUUACUGGAUGUCGCCCGCGGAGCAGUCGCAGCGCCUCCGCCUGCCCCCGGGCGAGGCUGGGGUUGCGCUGGAAGGCGCCGGCGCUGCGGCGGAGCCUGCGGGCGGCGGCGCGCCCUGGGCCGUGGAGCAGGCAGUGGCGCUGGGCCUGCAUGGCGCUGAAGGGCUGGACUGGGCAGUGGCUCUGAGUAGGAAGGAGGUGAGCUCCGUGAACAAGGCGGUCGAGAAGCUCAGCCGCGGAGAAAUCGAGUGCGCAGGUGACUUCUGUGUUGCAUUCAGCGCCUCGAGCCAGAACAACUACCUCCUGUACAGGCGUGGGUGCAAGGAGCAGGCCCUGGCCAAGCUGGUCGCCAACUUCCGCGACGCCACCGCGGCGCGCGCGGCCCUGCGCACCGAGCUGUCCGCGGCCAGGGCUGAGGCGCGCACUGCGGCCACCUUCGAGGCCGAGGCCGAGGCCGCCGACAAGCUGAGUCGCAGCGCCGAGGCGAAGCUUGCCGCGUCGUGCUUGGAGGAGUCCCAGAUGCAGCGCUUGUGCGACGAGCGUGCCCGCUCGCUGCAUGAGGCGGAGGAGCGCCUGCGCUCGGCGGCGGCCUCGAGGUCGGCGCUGGAGGCCCUGGAGGCCGACGCCGUGCGCGAUCUCGAGGCCCGGCUUGCGGGCUCAGAGCAGGACGCCAGCGCCCUGCGGGCCGCGCUGGCGCAGGCUGCGAAGGCCAGCAGGGGGCCGCCAGCGGAGUGGUCUCCGAGGGGCACCACCAAGCUGACGCCAGCUCAGAUGGCCGAGUCGAGCGCUCCUGGCUCCAGCAAGCAGUUGGAGGAGUUGCUGGCCGCCUCCGAGAAGGAGCAGAGCCUCCAGAGCCUCCUUGCGGAGGAGCAGGAGAAGCGACGGGCUGCCGAGCUGCAGCUUAUCGCGGAGCGGGAGGGCCUGGAGGGGCUCCAGGGCCAGCUGGCCGCGCUGGCCGAGGAGCGCCAGCAGCUCGAGGCCCGGCGCGAGGCCGCGGAGCGCUCGGAGGCGCAGCUGCGGGAGGAGCUCGCCGCUGGCGCGAGGCAGCUGGCCGCUUGCGAGGCGCGGCUGCAGGGUGCCGAGGCGGACCGCGAGGCCGCGCUGGCGCAGCUGCGCGCGGCGGGCGCCGGCGGCGGCGCGGCGCCCGGCGAGGAGCCCCGGGGCGGCGAGGGCAGCGGGCCGCGGGCGUCCUCCCCGGAGGCCGGGGGCCCGCGCCAGGACUUCCACCCCCCGGCGAGAGCCGCCGUGGAGCCGAAGGAGGCGAGCAGCGUGGGCAGCGUCGGCGCCGCCGAGGAGCCACAGGAGGCGAGCAGCGUGGGCAGCGCGGGCAGCCGACCCGGGAGUCCCCCGCCGGGCGCGGGCAGCUGAGGAGGACCUGGACAUGGCUGGUGCGUGUGCCUCGCUUGACGACGCCCUCUACUAUGCCGAAGAGUGUCCGCUGCGGAAAACGUGUGCGUGGCAUAUUUUGUGAUGCUUCAGCUGGCCACGUGGGGCUGAUCCGAUCACGUCGGGGCGUGUCCGGUCGUAUCCAGAAUGAUUGGACGUCCAUCUCCUCGCUGGUGAUGUCUACAGGCCCUACGCUGAACCUCGCGCCAAUCUUGGAGGUCACAGAUCGAUAAGCCACUCGAGUUCCAAGGGG